CCUGUGAAUUUGCUGACUUUUUUCCCUCCAGGGUGUUCGACUACUACCGGAAUGACUUGCAAAUGCCAUCGGUUCUGAGCCAACCUGCUGUGAACAAUCCCAGUGUUGCUGCUGCACAGACCCCAGGCGUAGACGUAGUCAUACCCAUGAAUCAGAACCGUACGUUUCCUCAAUUCAUCGUUUGGUAACCUCAUUCUUACUCGAACAGGCCAGCAAGCUAUUUUAGAAGUUGCAAGCAAAGCAGCGGAAUUACGGAAGAAACAGCUCACGGCGAAGAAGGCGCCCAAGAAAGCCUCGGCUAAGGCGCCCGGCAAAAAGGCUGAUGGGAGGGCUUCAGGUUCUUCUGGAUCCGAGAGCGAUAUGUCUGACUCGGAGUUAGAAAUUGAAGCGCCCGAAGAGCCAUCUCCUAUACCCCCAGUUCGUCCCAGUGAGCCGGAAGCCGCCGCACGAUAUGAUACCCUUCAAGCUGUGUGGUCACCGCGGAAUAGGCGACCUCAUGCUGACAAAGUCAAAGGCGCACUGGUUGCGUUCAAAGACGUCGUCAAAGCUGUAAGAGAUACAUGGAAAGAGAAGUCGCAAGCGAUGAAGAUGGCGGAAAAUAAGGGCGAAAAUGACAAAGCGGCCCAGAUCAAGAAGGACGUCGUCCUUCAGCGGCGCCUGAUGGACGUGGUUGUUAGUACCACUCUGGAACAGGGGCACCCCACAAUCGUCGAGAAGCUAGGAGAACAUCCAAUGGCGGUGGCUGCCAUGUAUUCGUUUCUUCUAGAUCGACAUCAAGCGUCCGACAUUGAUGGAGCAUUCACCUUGAACCUAUUAAAGCUCUUGGCUCGAUUUAUUACUGUGGAUGAAGAUGUGCUCCAGAAAACAAAUGUUUCCAAAUUACUGCCGAGAUUUGUGAAAAAGGGUGGGCAAGUAGCUAGGGGGCUCGCGCAAAAGAUCUUAGAUAACGCUGCUAUUUCUACUAAGAGGAAGCAGGAGAACAGUAAACAAACAUCUAAAGAGUCUUCUCCCUCUAAGAGCUCGGCGUCCGAUGCUACGCCUACGCCAGCGCCUGCUGAUGGUCAGCGAUUGGAGGUCGCUGGAUCUAAAAGACCCCGAGAUAGUGAGGCCAAUGGCCAACCAGCCACAAAGCGGGUGGUGGUCACGUCGAAUCUGAAGAAUGGGUUGAAAUCAAGCAACGUUCCUAUGGCUGGCCCUGCUAAACGCCCUCAGGAUAUUGGGCCGGAAAACAAAUCAGUAGCAGUCGCCGCCGCCCGUCCAAAGGCCAAUAUAAUUGCCCCAAAGCCGACCAAUUUAUUUGGAAGUUUGACAUCCGCUUCAAAGCGGCCUGGAACUUCAAAUGCAGAAAGAGCGGCCGCGGCCGCUGCCGCGGCGAAGACAAGCACGCCUACGGAAAAGAAAGAGUCUCAGCCGGCGCCUCCCAGACCAACCUUCUCAUUUGGUGAUAUUAUGGCAGACCUCAAUAAACAGAAAGAACCUGCCCCGUCCGAGCCCGUUGAGCAUCUGCCCCUGGAGUCUGAAGAAGAACGAACGAAGAGACUUCGUAAGGAGGCGAGACGGAAGCUGCGUGUCACGUGGAAGCCUGAUGACUCUCUUACCGAAGUCCGUUUGUUUACACAUGACCCUGACGAAGAACUUGGACCCGGGGAUCGUGCGCAGGGAGAUGUCAAGGGUGAAGGUAGUGUGCUCAAACUCCAUAGAGAUCUGGACGAGUUCGACGAGGAAGAAGAUAGCGCUGUGCACGAAGAGAGUUUGCGUGAAUACUAUGAGGCGUCAGAAAUUGAUUUCGCGGACAUCACAUCUGAGGAUCGUGCUCGAAAUAAUAUCAAACGCGCUGGUACUCAGCAGCCAAUUAGUCCUGAGAAAGAAGCUCAAGAGCACCGGGAAGCCACGACACUUAUGGUUUUCUACACUUCUCCAGCAGAUGUGCCCUCCUCACCAAAAGAACCUCCUCCGCUCACUGAAGAAGAGCCAGCGACAGAAGCCGUUGCCUUUGGAGAACUACCAGAUCACGUCAAGGCUCGACAGGAGCGGUAUUACUCCGUUGUCAAUCCCCAGCCAACUCCAGCUCAACCAAGCACACAAAACAACCAAUUCGACAUCUCGAACUUGCUCAAAAUUAUACAGAAGGCGCCUCCGCAACAGCAGUCAACCCCGCCACCCCCGCCACCCCCACCUGUAUCGCAAGCACCGAUGUCUGAUCUUGAGCGAACCAUCAGUAUGUUCCGUCAGCAACAGCAGCCUCAACCACAGCCCCAAGCGCCCCAGAUGCCUCAAUUUCCUACCACGAGUCAGCCUCCCGCAACACAGGGCAUCGAUUUCCAGAAAAUCCUGGCCGUCAUCAAUGCCUCAAAACAGAUCCAACAGCCAACACCUGUCGCGCCCCCGGUCCAGCCGUCGCAGCCCAGUAUUGCACCAAAUUUGGCUGCAAUCAUAUCCCAGUUUGCCGGAGCAAGCCAACAGGGGUCCAACCUCUCUCAAAUGCCAGGCCACUACGAGGACCCUGAGCGCAAGCGUAUGCGCGAGGGUUCGGGUUUUGAUGGUCCUGAGGAUGAUAGAUACGCUUAUUACAAACGAAACAAGCCCAACGGACCGAAUAAGAGCCAUGUAAGUUCCUCGCAGCCUACUGUCCAUUGAUGUCAACUGGUUGCUAACUAUGUAUGGUAGCCCAAGGUUGGGUUGGUUCCCUGUAGAUACUGGCCUGAAGGAAAAUGCCGCAAAGGCAAUGAGUGCACUUUCCGUCACGAUCCUCUUAACUAAUUAUUUCCCCCCAUAUCUCCUACUUUUGAUACCCCCUAUCCUUUCUUCUUGUCAGCAUUCCAUACAACAACGAAUAUUUGUAUUGUCAUCCCAUUUGUCUCUACAUCCUCUCUGAAUUGUUGCAAAUGUAUGUUGACUCAUAAAUGUGCAUUAUGGGCGAGUUCACACGGCGUUGUUUUUCCUCGGCAUCGGUCAUCUCAGCGUUGUCUGUUGCAGUAUUCUACCAUGAUACAGGAGUUCUGUCAUUUCCGGUGGGCUUAUGCUAUUCUACAAGGACAGAAUUUGGCCAGGUUGGUAUUGUGUCUUCGGCGCGAGAUUUACAUUAUUUUCAUGGAAAGGACAAUCAUGCAUGUAUAUUAGAGUGAUGUCCUACUGGACAAGAUUUUAAUCUGCGACGAAACGAUUUGACCUUAACAAGCAAUCCGGCUCAUUAAUACAGAAACUGUUAAGUUACCUUUCUCACCGGCUUAGGUAAUAUAAAUCUCCU